UAAACUGGCCAAUUGAUUUACCACAAGUUGGCUGAACAAAAUGGCUACGUAUGGUGACGAGUCGAUAGACAGCUAUCUUUACUCAUCUUAUAACCCUUACUCGUGUAGGUAUCUCAAUCCCAAACCCAGGGCCGUCGGGUGGCGGCAUAAAAACUACCUGGCCGAUUGUGGUCACGCGGAGACGUACUUCGACAACCACCAGAGAGCACAGUUGAAAUCAAUCCUGUCCCAGAUCAACCCAGACCUCACACCGCGGCUUCGGAAGGCCAACACCAAAGAUGUGGGUGUGCAGGUCAACCCCAAGGCCGACGCGUCCGUGCAGUGCUCGCUGGGGCCGCGCACGCUCUUGGCCAGGAAGCGGGAAGCUCUUCGGCGUAGGCAGGAGAACCAGCCGCCCGGAAGCCCCGUCGGUAGCACGGUUCGCUAUCCCCGGACCCUGGGUGUGUACUCUCCCAUCGCCUCCCGGAGGCUCUUCGACUUCACAGACCCGGACAAAGAGGAGGAUGAUCCAGCCCCAGCCCCAGCCGCGGAGCCCCCUGAACCCGGGGAGAAAAGCGAGGAUGCGGGAGGAGAGAAGGGUGUCGCGGAAGACAAACCCGGGAAGACUGAUGCGAAGGUUGGCCUGGAAAAGGGCGUCGAUGCGAAGGAGGAGCAGUCGAGUGAAACCGAGAAAAAUCCCAAAUCUGAAGACGGAGCAAAAUCCAAGGCGCGAGUGAGGUUUCAGUUCUUGGAGCAGAAGUACGGCUACUACCACUGCCGGGACUGCAAUCUCCGGUGGGAGAGCGCCUACGUGUGGUGCGUCCAGGGCACGAACAAGGUUUACUUCAAACAGUUCUGCCGCACGUGUCAGAAAGCCUUUAAUCCGUACCGCGUGGAGGACAUCACCUGCCAGGCCUGUAAGCGCUGUGUGCCCUCUCCCCAGGCCUGUAAGCGCUGUGUGCCCUCUCCCCAGGCCUGUAAGCGCGCGCGCUGUACCUGCCAGGUGACUCUGCGGCACGUCGACCCCAAACGGCCCCAUCGGCAGGACCUCUGCGGCCGCUGCAAGGGCAAGCGGCUUUCCUGCGACAGCACCUUCAGCUUCAAGUACAUCAUCUGAGCCUUGGGGCCGGCCUCCACCACCACUGCAGCGUCAAUAAAAGAAAUGGCAGUAAACCA